GUCAGGCGGUCGCUAACCCGCCAGCGCCACGCGAAAAAAACGGCAAUCGGGACAUGAUUCUCACAACCUGAGCCAGGCGGCGAAACCCCGCUCAGGAACGAGCCCUGCAAAGGUAACUCUGAGGCCAGCUUCUCAGGGAAGUCUGCAAGGACGCCGAGGCGAGACGCUCGACGCCCUUGCCCCGAUCUGAGGAUCGACGAUGUGCCCCCGCAUCAUCCGCGCGCUGCUCUGCGCCGCGACCGCGCGGGCCGCGGCCGCCACCUCGCACGUCGUCGACGACUUUAACACCACGGAGGGCAUGUUCACGCUGACGUCGCAAGUCCCGCCCGUGUCGACGACGGAAGUCACAGAAACGAGCGACGGCGUCCGCCUCGACUACAGCUCGCACCACCUCGAGAUGUAUUCGGGCUUUCCCUACGCGGGCCGGCUCUUAGGACAAGGAAACUACCCCUGCGCCGAGGCCAGCUAUCUAAAACUCGAGUACCGCAUCCUCCAGGCGCCGGCGCGGCCAGGCGUGGCGCGGUUGGUUAUGGCCGUCGGCGACGCAAGUGAAUGUGGUUUGGACGCUCCUCUACCGCGCAUCUGCGCGACGGCCGGCGUCCAGGGCUUUGCCGAUAGGGAGACCUACGCCAGUAUUUUAGAUGGUGUCCUCGACGACACGUCGGGCGACUGGAGGACGCUCAAAUUAGGUUUAUGUGGUGACUCGGACCCGAACUCGCCGUUCAUGCGGCUCGCCGGGUUCGGCCCCGUGGGCAACGCGAAAUUAGAUCGGAAGAAAAUAGACGCCUACCGGUUCACGGUCGUCGUGCCCCAUGGUUCUUCGAUUACGGCGUGCCGGGAGACUGGCGCGGGCAUGGGGGUGACUCCUUUGGUUUCGCCUCGUUGGCGAUGCGAUCGGACCUGCACAACGCCUCGUUCGCGGCUGUGGCCAACACCUGUAAUCUGCCCGAGAUCAAUACCGCGGCGCUCAAGAAAUUUAACUCCGACCUCGAGGCCCGCGCCGCCGCGACGGAGGCGCCGACGGCGCAGACGAUGGAACCGACGGCUGCGCCGGAGUCGGACGCGGCGGGCCGCAUGA